CAAGGUGGUUGUAAACAAGUCACCUUGCUCCGAUUUAAUACAAAGUUCGAGCUUAGCAUGGCUUGGUCCGAGUAAGAUGUAAUUUCGGGUCGGGUAAACCCAUGUGAGUUGCUCCACCACGAUAGUCGGCACAGUGUUGAGUAUCGACGUUGAUCGAAACGCCAUGAAGAAGAGCAAUUAAUUAAUAAAUAAUAUUAUCUUCUUCUUCGUCUUCUGUUUCACUUUACCAAUCGCCGACACUUUUCACUUCCCCCACCAUCACCAUUAAUAAUAUAUUAUUUAUUUAUUUAUUUAUUAAUGCUUCAUUGCACACAUCUCUACAUUUCAUCUCUUCUCUUCUUCCUUCUCUCUAUAAACAAAACUAAAGAGCUUCAAAAAUUACCCUAAUUCGCCUUUAAAGGGUGAUUUGAGAUCUAGAAUCUGUUAUUGAGAUGCUUAAGUUUGAUGAGAUGGGAUUUUGUGACCAAUUUGGUUUCUUUUGUGCUCAAGGAGAGAUGAAUUCGGUCCCUGUCGAUACGCCGGCUACGGUUGUGGAUGAUGAUUUUUCUGAUGAAGAGAUCGACGUGGAUGAACUCGAGAGACGAAUGUGGAGGGAUAAAAUGAAGCUCAAAAAGCUUAAAGAGUCGUCGUCUCCUGUUAACGAAGGGGUCAACACGGCGAAACAGCAGCAGUCUCAGGAACAAGCAAGAAGGAAGAAGAUGUCUAGAGCACAAGAUGGGAUAUUGAAGUACAUGUUGAAGAUGAUGGAAGUUUGCAAAGCUCAAGGUUUUGUGUACGGGAUUAUACCGGAGAAAGGAAAGCCUGUUGGUGGUGCUUCGGAUAAUCUCCGGGAAUGGUGGAAGGAGAAAGUCAGGUUUGAUCGUAAUGGGCCUGCGGCCGUAGCCAAGUUCCAAGCUGAUAACUCGGUUGCAGGAGAAAACGAGGCUGCAGUUUCAAUCGGGCCUACGCCACACACGUUGCAAGAGCUUCAAGACACGACUCUGGGCUCGUUGUUGUCGGCUCUUAUGCAGCAUUGUGAUCCGCCUCAGCGGCGGUUUCCUUUGGAAAAAGGGGUUCCGCCACCGUGGUGGCCAACUGGGAAUGAAGAGUGGUGGCCGCAGUUAGGGCUGCAGAAGGAUCAAGCGGGGCCUCCGCCAUAUAAGAAGCCACAUGAUUUGAAAAAGGCGUGGAAAGUAGGCGUGUUGACUGCGGUGAUUAAGCAUAUGUUUCCGGAUAUGGCUAAGAUUAGGAAGCUCGUGAGACAGUCGAAGUGUUUACAGGAUAAGAUGACUGCAAAGGAGAGUGCAACGUGGCUAGCCGUGAUUAACCAGGAGGAGGCGUUGGCCAGAGAACUUUACCCUGAAUUAUGUCCACCGGUUAUGUCGUCAGGAUGGAGUGGUUCGUUUGCGGUUAAUGAUGAUGCUGGUGAGUAUGAUGUUGAAGUAGUUCAACAUGAACCGGAACCCAACUAUGAAGUCGGAGAUGUCAAACCAAAUCUCGGGUUGUUGACUGAUAGAAAGAGGAAAACCCCUCCGGCAAACCAAGUAGUUGAGCACAGGAUCUACGCUUGCGAGUUCUUGAAUUGUCCUUAUAACCAACCUCUUAAUGGGUUUCUGGACCGACCCUCGAGAGAUAAUCAUCAGAUGAACUGCCCAUAUAGAGCCCGUGGCCCAUCGGCUCAGUUUGUCGGGGUUCCUAACUUUAACUUCGUCCAGCCAAAGCAAGCUGGCGGUUCGUUAAUGGUCGAACCUGCACUGUCUUCUUUUGAUCCAACGGUUCUUGGAGUACCUGAAGACGGGCAGAAGAUGAUUAACGACCUCAUGUCAUUUUAUGACAAUAAUAUUCAAGAAAACAACAUGAAACCUGACCCCAGAAAUCAUUCUGGCUCAAACGACCCGUUUCUUCAACAAUCGAGCAUCCAGUUUCAAGAAAACAACACGCAGCCUGACCCGUUUCUCCGACCAUCAAGCAUCCAGUUUCAAGGAAAUAACACAGAUCCCAACCCGCAGAAAAUUGCAAGAUUAAACGACCCGUUUCGUGGUCAGUCAAGCAUCCAGUUUCAAGAAAACAACUUUCUUCACCAUGGAUUUGAAUCUAACAUAACCCAUUCACAACAAGCUCACCAUUUCAACAACGUUGGUCGGCAAGAUUGUUUCAAAAUGAUGUUUGGGUCUUCUUUGGGUACGGAUUACACAGAACCGAAGCAGGACGGGUCUGUCUGGUUCUAGUUGGAACCAAGAUCAUCGGAGUAUUUGUAGAACUUGUAAUGUUGUUCUCAGUCGAUGAACUUGUGUUAUUUUAUGGUACUUGUAUUUAAAUAAUGCAUAUUAUAUAUAAUGUCUUUUUGAGUGUAGUUAAUUAGUUGGUCUUUUUAGCAGUUUGUAUAUAUAUCGUCACAUUUUCUCCAAA